AUGGGACUUACGCCCAUUCGUAUCCGAGGCAAGCGAAAAUACCCAUCUGCCCGCAAACCAUCAGCGUUGGGCACUCCAACAUCUCUCUCUGGUGGUGACGGAACCCCUCCUCCUAAGAAGAUGAAGCGCUCUCUUUCGAAUGUUCUGGCUUCUAGAGCUACCCGCUGGAGACCAGUUCUCCAAAACCUUCCUGCGGAAAUCCUGGAGAGCAUCUUCCUUUAUAGCGCCAAUGUCGCCCUGCCUCGCGCUGCGCCUGUAAUGGGCGCAAAGCUAUCUGAUCGCGCUACUCUUGUCAGAUUCCUUAUGUGGGCUUUUCAUGAUACUUGGGAACAGGGCUUUGGAAAUCCCAGGGAUUGGGAUGCUUUGGAUAAGAACAAUAUCGGUGGCGAUCGUCAUCUCCAGUCGACCAUAUUAAACCUACCAUGGGUCGACACAGACUUAAUUGUUCAGGCACAACAAACAUGGGCAGAUACUUACGCCAGGGAUCGUCUAUACAAACAUUAUCUUCCCACGCUGGACGCAGACGGUGACCCUUUCAUUUACAGUCCUAACCACCAGUUCGAAGGCGGUGUUGGGCACUUCGACUCUCGAGAGUGUUUCGAAGCUGAUUACCAGGAAGUUGUGUCCUGGAAGCCUUUCCAAUCGGUGGGGAAAUGGGGUGGGUGCGAUGUUCAUCCUAGAAUACGCAUACCUACGCCUCUCAUCACUGGACCAUGGGACGAGAAGAGAUUGCGCCUCCUCUUCUGGCUUCGACGAAGUGGGAGAAUAUACGGCCUCGAAGAAAAUGAGUCCUCGUGGGAGAUUCAGCUGGACUGUCUUCGCAAUGCAUUCAUCGACGCCCCUGAACCCAACGUCCUUAUCACCAACUUGAUCGACCUCACCACAUUAUGCCACGGUUUACCGAGGGAUAUCGCACGGGAGGAAAGACGGCGUAUUGAACAGAGGCUGAAAUGGGGCUCAGACAGUAUGCUCAGCAAAGAUAUCCUUCGAGAAGUUUACGGAACGAUCGGAAUGUAUCACGAUGGAUUCGAUGCCCCAGGCUCUCCGAAAUAA